AAAGUUUCUCCGAAAAGGAAGAAAGUAACUACAUGAACAUUUACGUGUCUUUACAGCAGAGUAAUUAUAGUACAUCAGGACCAUGACAAGCAGUAGUAACGACAGCAGCAGUAGCAGUAGCUACGACUCCAGCUCCGAGGAAGAAAUAAUAGAGGAGACAGUAACCGUAGUACAGGCUAAACCCCGAUACUCCUUCAGCAACUUUCAGCUAUCUAACGAGUACGAUGCAGACGUGACUGUUCAGACAGCAGAAGCAGAGGUAAUUCAACCCCCGCCCCCCAGCAGUGAGUCAGAGGUUGAAGAGGUGGUUGUAGUUGAGGAGGUAGUUGUUGUUCCUGCUAAGGAAUUUAUCAGGACACCAGCCAAGAAACUGGAUCCUAAACCUGCUCCUAAACGCAAGGUAACCAAACCAAAAUUAAAACAAAUGCCAGCCUGGAACAAUAACUUCGCUGGAGUUGAAGACUUCGAUGCGGAACAAGUGAUAAGUGGAGGGUUCCAAAGCGCUCCGGUCCAAGAGGAAGAGAAAUGCUUCGUAGCUUGUUCGGCUGAUAACUGCAAGGAGAGUCACACAGCCUCCCCAGGAGAAGGAGAUCUAGUUCUGUGUGGUCUGGAGGGACCUGGCAGUGAGAGCUCAGGAGAUGGGAAGUGUCAGACCUGUGAUUCCUGCAUUUCUCCAUGUGCCGCCAAUCAUCAGCCUCAUCAACACGAGGACUUGUUCGGGGUGUCCUUUUGUCCUCAGCACUCUCAGAAGGAUGGAACCACUUACGAUGGAGAUUUUGUUCCAGGAAAGGGAGAGCGGUGGGAGUAUGAUAAUCGGAAUAAGGAUGAUAAUGUUUGGGGAAUGCGGGAUCCAACGAGGGCUGACUGGGACACCACUAAUAGAGAGGACUUUGUUGAGAACGGUGUGAGCUUUGAGAGAGAUCGCCCCAAUUACAAGGACAAGAACACCAAAGAUUCGGUGGUUCUAGGUGCAGAACAUUAUAAACCUCAAACUUCCUAUGAUUCCGAGUUUGUAGGUCAAGAGGGAGAUCGGGACAAAACAGAUUACAAGAAGAAAAACAACGUGGAUCAUCUUAAAGGAGCUUAUGAUGGGCCCAUGGAACGAAGAAAAUCUGAUUAUGGGUGCUGGGAAAUUGUCAAUGAUCCCAGGGCAAGAGAUGCGAAUAAGUUUAAGGCAGAGAGAACAAAAGUUAAGUUGGGUGCUGAUUCUGAUGCUCCGCAUCGUAAGUCUGAGUACGGUAACUUUGACCACAGAGCCCCUGACAGGGUAGGUAAAUGGAAGAACGAAUCUAAUGUUGUAUUGGGAUGUGAAGAUGAUGGCAUGAAACGACCCUGGCGUUACGGUGGACCAAAUGACGAUGACCAGGCUCGCAGAAACAGAGAAGAAGCAGAAAGAAACAAAGCUAGAUCGAAAGGCAAAACAGUAUUAGGAGGGGACCCAACUAAAUACGGUACAUCUUAUGUAAAAGAUUAUCCCGAGAAAGAACUGCCAGCCAAAAAGAAAUGCAGCUGCUCCAACUGCCCCGGGUGUCACGCGCAGAAAAAGCGAGUCUGUCCAUCAUGCCCUGACAAACUUAAAGCCGAUCUUGAGAAGGACAAAGGCAACAAACAUUACCACAUGAGACAAGUACCCAGAGAACACAAAGCUAAAAUCAUGUCCUCAAAAGGGUGCGAUGGCAAGAAGGUUGGACCCCACUAUCACUUUGUCACGGGAUCAGAUCUCAGAGCUGGAAAUGUCAAAGUCAUGGCCGUCAACAGUGGUGAUGAAUCUGCAAUGAGGGGAGGAAUGGAUGGUGGAAUAAAAUUUAAGGGAGGAGUUAAAGGAAGAAUGAACGGAGGAAUGAACACUCCUGCUCGCUUCGAGGUGGAUGCAGGACAAAACAGAGAUAGAGCCAUGUCUACCAAUUGGUCGUUCGUUGAUGAGAAUCCAGAAAAUCGAGCCUAUCAGAGGUCUCCUAGAGGAGAUGCGGGGAAGAAUGGAAACAGGGCUAUGUCAACAAACUGGUCCCUUGUGAAUAACAACUCAGAGGAGAAGGGAUCUUCUGGGGAGGAAUCAGGACAGAGUAAGAACUUUUCUACAAAUUGGUCAUUUGUUGGCGAAAGUCCAGCCGAGAGGGUCGGAAAACAAAGGUCAUUCGGAAAUAAUGGUGGGCGCAAUAGGAACAUGUCUUCCAACUGGUCUUUCGGAGGUGAGCGUCCAAAUGGAGCAGCUCGUCAACAUUCUUCUGGAGAAGAGGCUGGGAAAAACAGAAAUAGAGCUAUGUCCGCAAACUGGUCCAAAAUAGCUGAUAGUCCAACUGACGUGAGCGGUCAGACGUCAUUCGGGGAUGAUGCUUGGCGGAAUAGAAGCAGAUCAAUGUCCACAAAUUGGUCUUUUGGAGGAAUUAUGUCUAAUGAUGAUGAGCUGCAGUUUAAACCUGAUCAUCGGCCUAAGAACAUGAGAUCUAGACAUCACACUUCAAGUCAAGUUGUUUUCUAGAUAAGGUAUAGGGGCACUUCUCGAUAGGAACUUUUCGUGUGACCUUUUGAACAUGUUCAAAAGGUCGCACGAAAAGUUGCAAUUGGUGUAAAAAAUUGAUUUAAGAUUGCUGUGUUCUCAUUUGAAAAAGAGGUUAGAGAAUAUUUUUAAAUAAAAAUAUUUUGAUAAAUAUAAAGAAAUAUUUCUAAUUCUAGCAAGUUGACUGGGAGUUUGAGGCAUACAUUAUUAUCAUGUGAUAUCGAAAGUCAUUUUUUAAUAAAGAUUUAUUAUGU